ACUACCACUACUACUACUACCACCACCACCACCACUUCUACUACUACCACCACCACCACUUCUACUUCCAAGUUUCUCAUUCUCGAUUGCCUUCCUGCGCGUGAACACGGAAGAAAAUACCCCUCCACCACGACCACCACCACCAAAACAACAGCAGCAGCAACAGUAAGAAGUAUCGCAAGAACAGGACAGCGGCAACACACUCUUGGCAUGCCUGUAAGCAGUGCCAUUUCUAUAAUGGACCUGCUCUACCCUAGUCCACCGCCUCCUCUAUCAUCAUCAUCAUCGCUAUCAUCAACAACGCUAACCAUAACCGCAACACCAUCGCCUUCGACUUCAAUCUCGUCAUUAUCUCCCCUCUACUAUUCUUCCCCUGUCUCCUCGCCUGCUUUCCCGUCUCUCAUCAAUCGCCGCCUCAUCGCCAAGUCACCCGAGUCUGCCGACACGCUGUACACUCUGCAAGCGGUUCUGGUCACCUUCUACCUGUUGAUCUUCCUGUCGGCCGUAUCGGGUAACUGCUUGGUCAUUCUGACCCUCGUCCAGAACAAACGGCUCCGGACUGUCACAAAUGUUUUCCUCUUCAAUUUGGCCGUCAGCGAUUUACUCCUGGCCGUAUUUUGUAUGCCAUUUACCUUGGUGCCGUUUCUCUUGAGGAAUUUCAUCUUCGGAACUGCCAUGUGCGUGAUGAUACGUUACCUGCAAGGCGUUUCCGUCC